AUGCUGAAGCGCGUCGGUGACAAGACAACCCAAACGGAGGGAGACCCCGCGGGGACCCGGGCCACCUCCCCGGCGUCCAGCAACCCCUCUGGCGACGACGCCCGAGGGAAAGACUGGUUUGUCGUGGAAAACAUAAGACUCAGAAAACAAAUAAAAAGUCUCAAGGGAGAGUAUGAAAAGGAGAACAGGAACCUCAGCAUCAGAUGCCAGCUGCUCCAAAACAGGCAGCAAAUCAUCCCCAGCGACAACUUCUACUUACAGUUGGACAAAAUACUGCGCAGGAAGCGAAAAGGAAGGAAGUACAAAAAUAACGCCACCCAAACGGACAUAACCUUCGUGAGCCCCUUCUUCGCCAACUGGGAAAGCUACUUCGAAGAUUCAGCGGUGGAUCGAAUUGCCAGCGAUGGGGAAGUAGAAGCCCUAAAGAGAAAAAGAAUCGAAAAAGGGGUUAGCCAGAUUAGGUACCAGUACACAUGUUCGAAUGAGGUGCGCACGCCGUCGGCCAAGCGAAGUUCAAACCUCAGUGCAAAUCAAAGUGCAAACCUAAGUGUAAACCUAAGUGCAAAUCAAAGUGCAAAUCAAAGUUCAAACCUAAGUGCCAACCAGAGUGCAAACCGAACUGUCCAACAGAGGAGGUACCCCCCGUGCUGCACACCCCACCCGGUGCCUCCCACUCGACCAAGCACAAACAUCUUCAAAGUCCCAAAUCACGUCAUCCACAAAGACAACAUACUGUAUAGCCUCUACACAGAUAACGAUUUAAUUUUCAUACGGGAAAUAGCCGAGGACCUGAUCCCGAAGGGGGGGGAGAAGAGGGACGCCGGGGGGACAGGCAACAACAAAGGAACGGAUAGGCCAUCCCCAGUUGGAAGUUCACAUCAGACGGGUGAUACAGAGCGAAGACUGUCCGAAAGAAAAGAUGUACAAAAUAAGUUCAGUUGGAUAGGAAAUCCCGCAGAAGGGGAAAAGUUAGACGACGUCCUUACACAUAUGAACGGGGAAAAAAAACCCCAAGUGGAAGAAAACAACGGUGCUUUCGUAGGCUCUCCGGAUGAGAAAAAAACGAAUGAAACAACUCUCCGUGACGGGGGGCAGACUCCGAAGGGGAGGAACACAGAAGAUGAAAUGGACGCAGUUAAAAGGGACACUUCAGAUGCUCCCUCCAGUGGGGCGAUCCUCCCUCAUGUGGAAAACAAACACGGGAAAACACGUAGCGGAAGCCGCAGGGGCAAAGGGACGAAAGAACAUCCAGCCGAAACAGAUCAAAUCAUAGCAAAAACGGAGAAGUACAUUGAUGUUCUUUUAAAACAUGAAAGAGGGUGCACAUCCCCAGAGAGCAGUGGAACGACGUUAACCCCCCAAGAACACACUCCACAUGCGAGAGCCUCCCAUUCGAAACGUUCACCAGAACGGAGACAAGUACCCACGUGCGAGGAAUCACCCCCCUCCGAGGAACCUACACAGAGUGCCACAUAUUCCUCAUCGCGUAGGAAAAAAAAAGAGGCGCCAGCCAGUUGGCAGAUGGGCGUUGCCAAGAGGGCUCCCAUUUGCUUAGAGAGGAGCACCACGACAAAAUCAGAAUAUCCAGGGGAUAAUGCAACCGCUCCUCUGUGUGAUAAUAACCCCCCGUUCGCACGGACAAACAGGAAAAAGAAGAAGAAAAAGAAAAACAGACCAAGUAAACAGAUCAGACUGUGUGCUUCUUCCCCAUUGACAUCUCAAAUGGCGACCCGAAUGGAACCUUCAGAAUGGAACAGCAACCCUCUUAGGGGUCAAGCGCAACGUACUAGUGACGACACCCCUUGGGUGGGGAAAACCUCCUACCCUUUUGUUAAAUCUGAGGCUGAUUCGUAUAUCGGACAAGGGACGACAUGCCCACCAGAUGGGGGAGCCUCUAAAAAAGGACUCAUCCCUCUCCUCUGGGAUGCAGAACACGAGGGAACUACCCCUCCUCCUCUUGAGGGAUGUCACCACAGCAUCACACUUAGCGAUGCGGAAAGGAGUGCUAACGAAAUAAGGAAAAUUUCAUUGGAGCAUAAGAAGCGGGCCUUCCUCUUCUACAUGUGA